UUAAAUAGGAUGAAGAUCUUACACCCGAGCAAAUCGCUGUUUUGCAAAAGGCUUUCAACAGUUUCGAUAGCCAAAAGAGUGGCAGCAUCUCUACCGAAUUGGUAGCCGAUAUUUUGCGUUUGAUGGGACAACCUUUUGAUAAGAAAAUCCUUGAAGAACUUAUUGAAGAAGUCGAUGAAGACAAAUCCGGUCGUUUGGAAUUUGAAGAAUUCGUACAAUUAGCCGCUAAAUUCAUCGUUGAGGAAGAUGCUGAAGCUAUGCAAAAGGAAUUGCGCGAAGCCUUCCGUUUGUAUGACAAACAAGGCAAUGGAUACAUUCCCACCACCUGCCUUAGAGAAAUCCUCAAGGAAUUGGACGAUGCUUUGACCGAACAAGAAUUGGAUAUUAUGAUUGAAGAAAUCGAUUCUGAUCGCUCUGGCACAGUUGAUUUUGAUGAAUUCAUGGAAAUGAUGACUGGCGAAUAAAGCAACCAACCAACCCACCCGUCAACCAACCCACCCAUCAACCAACCCAAUAAA